CCGCGACCUCACCAAAUUCUACUCACACACACCACACACACCUUUGGCUUCACUUUCUUGCAUUCUAUUGUUUUGGGCACAUCUGUACUUCCCUUCCCUUCCCUCCGAAGGCUUAUGCCGUCGCAUUUCGGCCUCUCCGCAGCCACGACCCCGACCCCGAGGCCGACAGACGCCAACCAGAAAGACCAGUGUUGUUGAUACGUCCUGGCUGGGCAAUAUGGAUUUCGUGCACGGCAAUGCCACCGCUCCGGACUUGGGGACGCCGCAGUCGCAGGCGCGCGCAUGGUUUGAGCCUUUGUUGGUCCUGACGAUCAUGUCUGUUUCGCUAUACAUGAACCGAGAUCGAAACUUUCGAAUAAUACCGAACCGAAGAGACGACUCGAGCGAAUCUCUUAUGAAGAGCCACAGACAUGAGUACGAAGAUAGUAGUUCAUCGUCCCGAUCAACGAGUCCGGAUCGACCGAAGACCAGUGUAGACCUUCAACCGCGAUCGUCGAGGAGCGACUCUGAUAUCAACUUCCCGAGCCGCAUACUGCAGCGACUGCCGUUCCUGGUGGAGAUGCUGUAUUGGGUGCUCAACUAUGUUGCAUAUGCUUUGACAAAGAAGAUCGGCGCAGGGAUAUAUUCAAGAUACGGAGGCAAUGGAGUGACUGAGCUGGCUCAGCAGCAUGGUAUCGACAUCCUUACCCUCGAACACAACACCAUCUUCAGCGUCUUUUUCCCCGUCACCGAAGUUGACUUUCAGCGGUUCUUCCUCAAUGGACACACAUCCUUCAUCACCAUCUUCAACCAGUUUUACUCUCUUGUGCACAUCCCAGGAACUGUCGCAUUCAUCUCCUGGUACUACUAUGCUGCACCGAGCCACGACAUCUUCGCCAUUGUCCGACGAACCAUGACCAUGGGCAACUUCGCAGCCUUUAUAAUUUUCUCCUUCUGGCCCUGCAUGCCACCACGACUUCUUCCAGACUCGUUUGGCUUCAAGGAUACCGUGCGACAAGAGCAUGCUGAGAGUGUGUGGGUCGGUGGCGCAAAUGUGAAUCAGCUGGCAGCCAUGCCAAGCCUGCACUUCACAUACGCAUUCAUCAUCGGCGUCACAUUCCUCUACCACUCUGGUCUCUUCCAUAUGUUCCGUGGUCGCCGCACCGGAAAGCCACCCAUCGUCAGCUUUCUCUGGAUCGUCGCUGGCAUUCUAUACCCAAUCUUUGUUCUCUCCAUCAUCGUCGCCACCGCGAACCACUAUUACCUGGACGCCGUCGUCGCGACUUUCUCCGUCGGCCUCUCAUUCCUGGCCAACAGACUCUGGCUGGUACUACUCCCAGUAGAAGCAUUCAUCUGCCGUCUCCUCCACCUCAGGAAACCUCGACCGAGUACCCGACAAGCAGUUCCCAAGGAGAAGCCACAAGUCGUCGUUACGGACUGGGCAUGAUGAUUCAACCUCGUGGCAUGUGUGCUUCAAAACAAUCAGAUCAAGAACAUUGUGUGUGUGUGUAAGUGUUUUUCAUGCAUUGCGUUGGAUGGGGCAUGGCGUAUACUGUACCGGAUGAAACCUGGCAUCUGACACGUGGAAAUUGAAACCCUGGAUGUCGAAAAAAAGCGACCUUCUUCGAACGACUCAGCCGAGACCAGACUUUUUAAACUAAAUUGGGUUGUACAUAGGCAAGAAGCAGCAUUACUUACCUCGUUCUCUUGAAGAAACGGCAGAUUUGUGUGUGUGUGCGGGUGUGUAGAUAUGCAUUGCACAGUACAAUAGAGAUGAGAAGUUGACAAGUUUGCCUUUU